GCCAUCCCUAUUUCCCUACCAUGGCAAACGAAAACAGAAACGGAAAUUAAAUUAUCCCAAACUAAAUCCAGACCCACCACGGCAGCACAAAACUUAAAUGUUUCACUUCAUCUCCACGUGCUUCUCAUGCGCCAUCGUCUUCUUCCACCUAGCCCUCCAUUCUUCUCAGCUCACUCUCUCUCUAAAACCCUAAAAUCCAUGUCCAUCUAAUUCCACCACCACUUCACUGCUUCUUCUUCUACUCUACUUCAAUAAUUCCCAUCACAUAUUAAUAAUAAUAAAAGAUGAUGGGAUCCGAUAACCAAAGCGGGUUCGAGGAAGCCCAUCUUUACGCAUCCCCAGAAGAAAUGGAAAAUCUUGUGUUAGACGACAACCAUAACAACAACAACAACGGUAACAAAUCUCUCGCCGAUUACCGUUCUGCCAUGUCAUCACUUUCCAACGCACACCACCCGCUCUGUCCGCCUCCGCCGGAUUCCGAUCCUCUGCUCUCGCCUCCGCCGUAUCGGAAUCUUAGCAACAUCUCCCCUCCUGACAACACAUCCUACAUCGAACCUCCGUCUUACGCCGAUGUUAUUUUCAGUCCGUUUGAUGAAAGUACAGUCAACGAUAUCAACGGUUUGGAUAGCCCCACCAGGUCUUCGGAUUCCACUGCUUCUUUAUCAAGAUCGCCGUCUUCUACGUCCGAUUACAUUAAAAUAACCGUUUCGAAUCCGCAGAAAGAGCAGGAGACGUCGAAUUCGCUUGUUCCGGGAGGUAAUACUUACGUUACGUACUUAAUUACUACGCGAACGAAUAUUCCAGGGUUUAAUGGAUCUGAAUUUAGUGUUAGGAGACGGUUUAAAGAUGUGGUUACUUUGUCUGAUCGCUUAGCGGAGUCGUAUAGAGGGUUUUUUAUACCGCCCAGACCCGAUAAGAAUGUUGUUGAGAGUCAAGUGAUGCAAAAGCAGGAGUUUGUUGAGCAGAGGAGAGUUGCAUUGGAGAAGUACUUGAGGAGAUUAGCGACACAUCCUGUUAUUAGGCAAAGUGAUGAGUUGAAAGCCUUUUUACAGGCGCAAGGGAAACUGCCGUUGGCGACGAGUACUGAUGUGGCGUCGAGGAUGCUUGAUGGGGCUGUUAAGUUGCCAAAGCAGUUGUUUGGUGAGGGUGGGGCGGUUGCCCCACAUGAAGUGGUGCAGCCCGCGAAAGGAGGGAGGGAUUUGCUGAGGUUGUUUAAGGAGUUGAAGCAGUCUGUUGCUAAUGAUUGGGGAGGAUCAAAGCCGCAGGCUGUGGAAGAAGAUAAAGAGUUUUUAGAGAAUAGGGAGAGGAUGCAGGAUCUUGAGCAACAACUCGGGAAUGCUUCUCAGCAGGCUGAAUCGCUGGUGAAAGCGCAACAAGAUAUGGGUGAAACAAUGGGAGAGUUGGGAUUAGCAUUUAUCAAAUUGACUAAAUUUGAGAAUGAAGAGGCUAUCUUUAACUCUCAGAGAGUCCGGGCUGCUGACAUGAAAAAUGUUGCGACAGCUGCUGUUAAAGCAAGCAGAUUCUAUCGGGAGCUAAAUGCACAGACCGUCAAGCAUUUGGAUACUCUCCAUGAAUACCUUGGGUUGAUGCUAUCUGUCCAUGGUGCCUUCUCAGAUCGUUCUAGUGCUUUGCUGACUGUUCAAACACUCUUAUCUGAUUUGUCCUCGUUACAAUUGAGGGCUGAAAAACUUGAAGCUGCAUCUUCAAAGAUUUUUGGCGGUGACAAGUCCCGGAUUCGGAAGAUUGAGGAGUUGAAAGAAACCAUAAGAGCUACCGAGGAUGCGAAAAAUGUCGCGAUAAGAGAGUAUGAACGGAUCAAGGAGAACAACAAGGCUGAACUUGAAAGGCUUGACAGAGAAAGGCAUGCUGACUUUUUAAACAUGCUGAAGGGGUUUGUUCUUAAUCAGGUGGGAUAUGCAGAGAAAAUUGCAAAUGUGUGGGCGAAGGUCGCAGACGAGACCAGCGCAUAUGCAAAAGAGAGUACCUAAUUCGUGAAUGUAAAUUCGAAUCUACACCUUCUAUUUCUCUUUUCUUUAUAGUUGUUGCACAUGCUAGGAAAUGUUACCACAUUGAUACAAUAAGGAAAAGGGAGAUCUCUUGUAGCUUAUUCACUCACACCUUUACGUUGUCUGUUGAUUAGGUUAAUAACAUUACCAUAAAAUUUUAAUUUGAUGUUGUAAUUUGCUUUAAUUCGUAUUUGAAGAAUGAAGAUUUUUAAGUUGA